AGUUUUCAAAACUAUUUUUUGAAUAAUACUUUCACUGUUAAAGUGAAAUGUUCUCGAAAAAAAAUCGGUUAACAGAUUAUUUAGCUUUAUUUAGUUGAAAGGAAACGGCAAAAGUUUAUUUUAAUGUGGUCUCAUUGCAGAGAACUUGUUUACGUAUUUUUCGUAUGUAAACAACUAAAUUUGACGAUGAUGUGCCAUAUAAACUUUCAUUUGUUAUGAAAAUUCAAAGGCGUAAUUAAAAUUAAAUACAAUUAUUGUAACAAUGUCGAGUGCAAAAAAUAAUGGGACACCUGGGGAUAAUCUUGAAAAUCUUGGCAUUGCAGGGGCUAGUUUCCUCAGGAAUUCCUUAACUACCUGCAAUGAUCCACUAAAAGCUAUUCAAGAAUUUCAGUUGGAGAAUGGAAUAUUGUUGGCUUCCUUGAGACCUAUGCUUCCACUCCUGGAUCUUCACGAAGUUCAGAGGCUAGAUUUUCAUGCAGCCGUACUUGAAGGUUUGCGCGAUAAGCUGAUUGCGAAAAUUAAUGAAAUUGGUAGUGAGAGAAGUGAGAAAGGUGCUCAAACGACGGAUCGUAGAUUAAAAGAACUGUUGUCAAAAAGCUUCUCUGCUGUUAAAGUUGCUGCCUUGAGGCCAGUAGUUAUGUGUAUUUUAAGGAACACUCCUGUGAUAGAUGACAAAUACUUGAAGGUUUUAGUCAGAGAUAAAGAACUGUACAACGACGCUGACACAGAAGUAAAGAGACAAAUCUGGAAGGAUAACCAAAGUUUGUUUGGAGACGAAGUUUCUCCUUUAUUUAGUAAAUACAUUAUUGAGAAGGAACAAGUUCUUUUUGACCAUGUUAAUUUAAACAGCCCAUUCUUCAUGCCUUCUCCAAAAGUCAGAAGACAAGGAGAAGUGGUACAAAAACUAGCACAUAUGAUUGGACACAGUGUCAAGUUGUAUGACAUGGUUCUUCAAUUUUUGAGAACAUUAUUUUUAAGGACAAAGAAUGUGCACUACUGCACUCUAAGAGCCGAACUUCUAAUGGCUUUGCACGAUUUAGAGGUCCAAGAUAUUAUUUCUGUUGACCCUUGUCAUAAAUUUACAUGGUGCUUGGAUGCUUGUAUAAGAGAAAAGCAAGUUGACGUUAAAAGAUCACGAGAACUUCAAGGAUUUUUAGAUAGUAUAAAGCGAGGGCAAGAACAAGUAUUGGGAGAUUUAAGUAUGACACUGUGUGAUCCUUAUGCAGUAAAUUUCUUGGCAAAUAACGCGAUAAAAACUGCGACAAAUCUUAUUAACGGAGAUGGAAUGCCAAGAGAUAACGCAGUAUUACUUUUGCUCCUUCGAAUGCUGGCACUAGGAUUAUCAGCUUGGCAAAUGAUUGAUUCACAAGAAUUCAAGGAACCAAAACUCGACAGCCAAGUUGUCACAAAGUUUCUACCAGCAUUGAUGUCUUUGAUGGUCGACGAUCAGAUUCGGCAAUUAAACUGUCGCUUACCACCGGAUGAACGCGAAAGUGCUAUUGCUAUCAUUGAGCACUCAGGACCUCCUCCUGAAUCUUGUCAGGCCUUUGCACAGCAGUCGGGUGUAGCAGCUGUACUAGCCAUGUAUUACACAUUAAACGUUGGAGGAAUAGGAACCGGUGCGGGCUCUGCACAAGGUAAAACGCGUGGCGACGCUCGUGGUCUUAUGCGGAUUCUUGCUACUCUUCCCAAUUGUCAGGGUCAGCGUGCAUACGAAGAUCCGUUUCUUCAUACUCUGAUUCUAUUGCUUAUAAUGAAUAUGGCUGAUGAAUUUACAAAUGAAUCUUUUUGUACUGUUAUAUUUGACGAAUUUCUUUUGGCGGGGAUGACGAAAGAUAGCGUAACCAGGCAUUUAUUGAAGCUGUUGUGGUGGGUACACCCUAAAUUGCCCAUAGCUAGGCUUCAUGCUCUCAUAAAAUCUCUUGAACCAACUAGUCAGCACAACGAGGCUGUUCAUAGUUUAUAUCAAGCUCUUAAAGAAAAAGUUGGCCAACGAAACAAUGAAGACCCAAUACUUCCAGUCGAUCCUAUGAUGGAUGGACCAGCAUCUCCAUUGCAAAAUUCUUCUAUAUUAGGAGCUACUUUUAAAGUGUAGGCUGAUUAAAGUUAAAAAUUUUUUAAUUUUGCAUAAG